AGACGCGCCGUUGAUAAUGGAGGCGCACAGCGUCGUCAGUGUUGUUCGUAUCGCAGUACGCACCGCAACUUGUUUAUUUAGAUUUGAAGCUCAGAUAUCUUUGCGUUUCUUUACGAUCGAAACGCGAAAAAGUUUUUAACAAUAUUUACUGUGGUCAAUUUUUUGCGUAACUAUGACGUUUUACUUUUUGUGCAGUUUUUGUGAGUUUUGAAGGUGAAGUGAUACAUAAAAAAAGUUUAGUGUGUGGAACGAAUAAAAAGUUUAUUGGAUUGAUAUUGAAUUUGAUUCUAAAAAGGGGUUAUGCUGGUAUGUAAUUAGAUUGAACAGAAGCGACAGACAAACAAUAUUGGAUGACUAUACUUUCUCAAUUUGGCUGUAAAACAAAGAAAUAAUUCCAUUUCCCGAUUCAAGAAUUAAUAAAUCUAACUCCAUCUACUUCAGCAUUUGUAUUCACGUUUCCUAAUUUUGUCAUGAGGUAUCUCUGAAUGCGAUAUUCGCUGUCACUGCCUAAAAGAUAUCUUCCAAAGUGUCUUUCCUCAAAAUCCCUUCUGGAAGCACUGUUAUUGAAUAUUAUCUGGCCGUGAACGAAAGCUGGCUAACGAGCUAUAAUGUUACGAAACCGAGCAUCGGAUACUGUUGAUAUCACAAUGGAGGAAAAGUUUUUAUUAUCAUCGAUUUCAGAUGGCAACACGACAAAAAACGUUAUAGAUUUGAAGAUCUCACACUACCAAAAAUGAACAGCAACUGCUCUAAAAGAUGGUAAGCACUUCAAUAGGAGAGUCUACAGUCUCUCUCAACGUAUCAUCGUCGUUUUGGCCAAUAAAAGUGGCCAAUCCGAAUGACUCUAACUUCCAAUCGUGUUUGCUGGCAGAAGAUUCGGAUGUAUUCUUCCAAUUCGUAGUGAAUGGAUUGUUCAUGAACUUAAUAGGUGUUCUUGGUGUUCUUGGAAACAUAAUAUCCAUGAUAAUUUUGUCAAGACCCCAAAUGAGAUCCAGUAUAAAUUAUUUGCUCAUCGGACUUGCCAGGGUUGACACAGUAUUGAUUAUAACUAGUAUGCUGCUAUUUGGUUUACCAGGUAUAUACCCAUACAGUGGAAUGCUCUUCACCUAUUUCUAUGUUGUGCUACCUCAUAUAGCUCCCGUGGUAUUUCCAUUAGCUACAGUGGUUCAGACAGCUUCUGUUUAUCUAACAGUCACAGUCUCAUUGGAAAGAUUUGUUGCCGUUUGCCAUCCAUUAAGAGCCAGAUCACUUUGUACAUAUGGUAGAGCAAGAAUCUAUGUAGUAGGGAUCAUCAUAUUCUCAGCAAUGUAUAAUUUACCGAAGCUUUGGGAAACUACAGUGCAAAAAGAAAUAAGUGAACGGGACAACAUAACGGUAUAUUGUUUGCGAGAAUCAGAAUUGAGAGGAAAUGAAACAUAUAUACAUAUUUAUAUCCACUGGCUAUAUUUAAUUUGUAUGUACUUGGUACCAUUUGUCUCUCUGGCUGUACUGAAUGCGUGCAUAUAUAGACAGGUCCUGAGAGCGAAUAAAGAACGGCAGCGUCUUUCGCGACACCAGAAACGUGAAAUCGGUUUAGCUACAAUGCUUUUAGGCGUGGUAGUCGUUUUCUUCUUCUGUAACCUCCUACCUUUAGUCAUAAAUAUCAUAGAAACUUUCCGAGUAGACAUACCUUUUUCUUUAGAGUAUUUGCUGCAAACGAGUAACUUAUUAGUGACAAUUAAUUCUAGUGUUAACUUUAUCAUUUAUGUAAUUUUCGGUGAGAAGUUCAAGAGACUGUUUUUGAUUCUGUUCUGUAACAACAACCUCUUCAGAAAUGGGAGAGAGUCGCCAGAGGGGGUUACUCACGAGGAUAGCCUUAUCUCAAAUGGAGAUAGACAGAGUUUGAGACUGCACCGACAAAGUACCACAGUAAGUCGAAACGGAGCAGGCUCAAUCAAUUUUGGUCGUUCGAAUGGAUCUACACGCCAACCUUCAAAUAGAGGUAGUUGCCGUUACGCGAACCCAGGACCAUGCGUCUAUUAUCCCGCCAACAGGAACACUAAAGAAAUAUCUCAGACUACGGUAUUGAUAGAAGACUGACAAUGGGAGCACCACAAUCAAAAUUUGAUAGCGGAUGAUGAUGUAUGACAAACGUCACUUGAAAGUAUUCAAAGGUUUUUCGGAAUGGAAGGCGAGUCAGCACAGGGUGAUUAGAGAAUAAGAUAAAUAUUUUUCAGUAAAUUAUGGCUUAUUUAAGUGUAAGAUAUUGGAAAGUUUUAUGAGAUGCACUGAAAUAAUAAUAUAAAAUUGAAUAACA